AUGGCCCCCAUUCCCCGCAACAAACAGGAUGGGGACAGCAACAACUACAAGCACCACUGUGGGCUAUGUGGUGGAGCUCCCAGUUGGCGGUGCUUCAAGCAGAACCACGUUGCUUACUGUGAGGCCUGUGGAGAUGUCUUCACGGUGAAGAGCAGUAAGAGUGGUGGCGGUUGUCACUCUCAUCCCUACGCCAAAGGCUACAACAUGUCCUACAAGAAGAUCAAGCAGAACUUACCAGCGGAUUAUAGGAGCAAGAAUGAUCUCCAAUUAGAAGCAGAGGCGCAGGAGCAGAUGGCAAAUGAGGCCGUUCAACGCCAGGAGAUUGCAACCGAGCAUGCCGCCGCCAAGCAGCAGCAAGCGCAGACGAAAAAGGAUAAGAAAAAGAUUCGUCUGCUGAAAAGGGCCAGUAAAUACCAGAACUAG